CAUGCUUUAUUCACGGGACACCUCGGGUAACUAACUAUGUAUCACACCUAGGUCGGUACUUAGGUACCUGGGUAGGAUUUGACUGUUGGUACCUAGGCAGGCACCUCGCCAAUCAAUUCGCCUUCCAAAAAUAUUUCCACAACAUCAUUUAACUACUCCUCGGUAUAACAUUUCUCUGGCAGUAUCACCAAAGCAGCAAUACGCAUGUCCUGGUCUCUGCUUCUGGUAUAUUGAGUAUCAACCAGAUCACACCUAGGGCUCUUUCCUUGCGUUGCGCGGAACUUGCGCACCCCGUCUUUGGACCCAUCAUGCUCCGCAACGCUGUCAAGGGCGCCGCAAAAAGAGCAGUCACGGAACUUUCCCAGUACCCUAAACAUGGUGAAAAGCUUCAUGGCUUCACUCUGCUAAGGAAGAAGCAUGUGCCCGAACUCGAGUUAACUGCCCUACAUUUGAAACACGACAAGACAGGCGCCGACUACCUCCACAUAGCCAGAGAAGAUAGCAACAAUGUCUUCUCCAUCGGCUUCAAGACGAAUCCUCCUGAUGACACUGGGGUCCCUCAUAUCCUUGAGCACACCACACUUUGCGGUAGCGAAAAGUAUCCGAUUCGAGAUCCCUUCUUUAAGAUGCUUCCUCGCACCUUGUCCAAUUUUAUGAAUGCUUUCACGGCAUCCGACCAUACCUACUAUCCAUUCGCCACUACCAAUGCCCAAGACUUUCGAAAUCUCAUGUCCGUUUACCUCGAUGCCACACUUCGCCCACUCCUCAAAGAAACCGAUUUUACACAAGAGGGAUGGCGCAUUGGUCCUGAGAAUCCUCGCGUUGCCGAGAGUGAUGGCCAGGCCAACGCCGAGGACAGCAGGCUAGUCUUCAAGGGCGUUGUUUAUAAUGAAAUGAAGGGUCAGAUGUCGGACGCCGAUUAUCUAUUUUAUAUCCGCUUCCAAGAUCAUGUCUUUCCAGCGAUCAAUAAUUCCGGCGGUGAUCCUCAGAGGAUUACCGACUUGACAUAUGAACAGCUCAAAAAGUUCCAUGCUGAGCAUUACCACCCAAGUAAUGCCAAAUUGAUGACAUAUGGAGACAUGCCUCUCGCUGACCACUUAAGAGAGAUCGAUGCCCAGAUGAGCACAUUUGCACGGAUAGAAACAGACAUCGACCACAAGCACCCUAUUGAUCUCAGCACUGGGCCCCGGUUUGUGAAGGUUCUAGGUCCUGUAGACCCUUUGGUGGAUUCCGACAAACAAUACAAAACCUCUAUAUCAUGGAUCGUUGGAGACACGAGUGACGUCGUGGAAUCAUUUUCGCUGGCACUUCUAUCAUCCUUGUUGAUGGAUGGCUACGGCUCUCCUCUGUACAAGGGCCUAAUCGAGAACAGCCGACUUGGUACCGAUUUCAGUCCUAAUUCUGGCUAUGAUGGAUCAGCAGCUACUGGGAUAUUCUCGGUUGGGCUGGCUGGAGUUAGUGAGGCCAAUGUUGAAAGGGUCAAGAACGAGAUAAAACAGAUUAUCCACAAGGCGCGUAAAAAUGGAUUUGAGCGGAGCAAGAUCGAAGGAUACCUCCAUCAACUUGAACUCAGUCUAAAGCACAAGACUGCCAACUUUGGGAUGUCUGUGCUACAGCGCCUAAAGGGGAGGUGGUUUUCUGGCACUGAUCCUUUUGAUUUGUUGGCGUGGAAUGACACAGUCGCUGCAUUCGAAGCAAGACUCGCCCAAGGUGGCUAUCUUGAAGGCCUCAUAGACAAGUACCUUAUAAACGAUAACAACCUCACCUUUACAAUGGCACCAUCAGAAGACUAUGGUACUAAAUUGGCUAAAGAAGAGGACGAACGGCUGGCAAAAAGAAUUGCUAAGGCCACUGAAGAAGCAGGUAGCGAGGACGCAGCCCGACGAUUCUUUGAACAGCGAGAGCUUGAGCUUCUAGCAGAGCAAGACAAAUCCAACACGCAAGAUCUCAGCUGCCUUCCAUCCGUGCACGUAAAAGAUAUUCCUCGUGAAAGAGAGCCUAUCAUCGUUCGUGAUGAGGUUUUGGACAACAAUGCUAUUCAAUGGCGAGAGGCACCAACUAACGGGUUGACUUAUUUUCGAGCUAUCGUCACGUUUGAAAAUUUACCGGAUCCCCUUCGCCAGCUGGUCCCUCUUUUCUGCGAUUCUCUCAUGCGCCUCGGGACCAAGGAUAUGACAAUGGAGCAACUCGAAGACAGGAUCAAGUUAAAGACAGGUGGUGUAUCAGUUAGCUAUAUGACGACGCCUUCAGCCACAGACUUCCACCAAGCGUCUGAAGGUCUCGUUCUGAAGGGAAUGGCACUGGAUCGCAAUGUGCCCGAGAUGUUCGAUAUUCUACUAAAACUUGUAUUGGAGACGGAUUUUGAUAGCCCUAAGUCCGCACGUCGGGUUAGGCAACUCCUUCAAGCUUCAGCCGAUGGUAUCGUGAACGACAUUGCAUCAUCUGGUCACGUUUAUGCUCGAAAAUAUGCGGAGUCCGGACUUACCCGUGAUGCAUAUCUUACUGAACAACUCAGUGGGCUGUCACAGGUGCACCUCAUUACCCAUCUAGCCGGACUGCCCGAAUCAGAUAGCCUGGUGCAACUCAUGUGGAAACUUAAAAUGAUCCAGAUCGCCGCUCUAAACCCCAAAGCUCUAAACAGCAAAGUUCGCUUUGCGCUAACAUGCGGACCAGAUAGCACCGCUGCUAAUUCAUCAGCUCUUGAACAAUUCGCGUCCAAACAAGAUGAGCAUUCAUCGGGUAUCUCAUUUGGGCCUCACGAGAAGCACGCUUCUACCCGUGAUAUUAAGGCCUUCUUCCCACUCCCAUAUCAAGUUUACUAUGGUAACUUAGCCCUACCAACAGUAUCAUACACUUCUCCAGAUAGUGCACCACUCCAGAUCUUAGCACAGCUGUUGACUCAUAAACAUUUACACCACGAAAUUCGAGAGAAAGGCGGCGCCUACGGAGGGGGCGCAUAUAUGAAAGGACUUGAGGGUCUUUUUGGUUUCUAUUCGUACCGAGAUCCCAAUCCUCAAAAUACUAUCUCUAUAAUGAGGAAUGCCGGGCGUUGGGCCUUUGACAAAGAAUGGUCCAAUCAAGAUUUAGAGGAGGCCAAGAUAUCUGUUUUUCAGAGUGUCGAUGCUCCAAAAUCAGUGAGCACCGAGGGCAUGCUUCGAUUCGUGUCUGGAAUCACGGACGAGAUGCAGCAACAGAGGCGUGAGCAACUCCUUGAUGUGACAAAAGAUCAAGUUCGAGAAGUCGCCCAGAAAUACAUAAUUGAUGGCCUCGCUAAGCAAAGCGAGCAAAUAGCCUUCUUAGGGAAGAAGCAAAACUGGGUCGACGACUCCUGGAAAGUGAAGGAAAUUAAAGUCGAUGUCAACAAAUGAUAAAACUAAUGAAGGAAUCGUCCACUUACAACCUGUACAACAUUACUAUUAUAUACCCUUCUCUAUAUCUUUAAAGGUCAACGUUCAAUAUGCAUCGUCUCCUUUCGUGUGCUUCCAGCCUUCAGGAUUAUUGUCUUUACUCCAUCAAAUUCCAGCGUUCAGAUACGAUACGUCUCCAUGCUCUGUGAUCUUGUUCAAGAUUAUAGUUCCAUAGCAUGGAGACCACGCGAAAAC